UUUAAUAAACCUACUAUCUACUCACACAAUUGUUUUUUUAGUAAAAAGUUCUAUAGGGAAACAUAUUAGUUGAACAAUAUCAAAUGCUGCAACAUGGCGACUUUCAAUCGACUUUUUGGCACGUUAGGGCGGUCGUUUUCAUCAUCGGGUCGAGUCAUCAUCCAGCGCACUUACAAAACAGAUUACACAUCUAGCCCACAUAGAGAUGCUUUGCCCCACAAUCACAACUUUUUGGGACAACAUGAAAUUAACAUUACUCAGAUCAGACAAAUGUCUAACAAAAACUUUUUUCAAACUGUUAUUGACAAUGUUAAACAAGAAAUGAAAAAAAGUAAAGAAAUGAAGGAAAGUAUAGAAAAAUUUAAGGCAGAAACACAAAAGUUAGAGGAGUCUGAAGCUCUGAAACAAGCGAGGAAAAAGUUUGAAACUAUAGAAGAAGAGACUUUAAAAAGCUCAACAGCAAUACGUAAAACUUUGGGCGAGUUGAAGGAGAAAGUGUCAGAGACAGUAGAAGAAGCUCAAAAAAAGGAAUUUGUUAAAAAAGGAAUUGAAACUGCAUCUAAAGCUGCAGAAAGCAUACAGAAAUCUGGCCAAGCUAUUGGCCAGAGUGAAGCCUUCAAACAGAUUAGCCAGGGUGUUAAAACUGCUAAACAAGAAUUUGAUGAAAUUACUUUAUCAAGAGCUAGACAUUAUAAAGCACCAGAUGUAUUAUUAAAAAGAUCAGAGCUGUCAAUGAAACCAAGAGAUGACAAGGAAGUUCAGGCAGAUGACUACUCAACUGGUAUGGUUUUACACAAAGAUUCUAAAUUUUAUCAGAGUUGGCAAAAUUUUAAAGACAAUAACCAGUACAUCAACAAAUUAUUUGAUUUAAAGGCUAAAUAUGAUGAGAGUGAUCAUGUUGUAGCCAGAGCAUCAAGAUUCUUUACAGAUAAAGUUGGACAAAUAUUCGGAGGAGUAUUCACAAAAACAGAAAUGUCAGAAGUUUUAACUGAAAUAUGCAAAAUAGAUCCCAAUUUUAAUAAGGAACAAUUUAUAAGGCUGUGUGAAAGAGAAAUUAUACCUAACAUUCUUGAAGCAAUGGUAAGGGGAGAAUUGGAAAUUCUGAAGGAUUGGUGUUACGAAGCUCCAUACAACACACUGGCACAUCCUAUUGACCAAGCUAAAAAGGCUGGAUAUAGAUUUGACUCAAAAGUUUUGGAUAUCAGUCAGGCUGAUGUUAUUGCUGGGAAAAUAAUGGAGCAAGGUCCUGUAUUAGUUAUUAACUUCAAUGCUCAGCAAAUCAUGGUUGUUAGGGAUGCCAAAGAUAAAGUUGUAGAAGGUGAUCCUGACAAAAUUUUGCGCAUCAUGUAUGUUUGGGCUUUGUGUCGAGAUCAGGAAGAGCUGAAUCCAAGAGCAGCAUGGAAGCUUAUGGAUAUAUCUGCCAGUUCAUCAGAACAGUGGUUAUAGUUUUGUAAAUACAUUGUAUAUAAAUGUGAUCAUUGUAAAAAUGGGAGCCUCUUGAAAUGUCCAUCAAAAAGAUUGUCAUUUAGAAUUAAAAUAUUUAUUAGUGACUGCAAAAGGUCAUACACAUUUUUAAUUUGUCUGUUGCGAUCAUUAUCAUGGAAUGGAGUAUGCAAUAAGAUUAAAAGACUAGUUUUUUA